AGGCACCAGCCGUUACGGCGUUGUGUAAGCAGAACUGAAUCCGUAAUUAGAACUUCACAACCGGAAGCCCAGAAACGCACAAAUGCAUACUGAACUUCUGCGCAGCAGAGCUCCAUGAGCGACUGCCCUGAUCCCUUCCCUCAAUCUCAAUCAUCGGGAGAGACCCUAACCCUGGUGGGAAUGGCUCCUGCGUUGUACGUGGGGGAGCUGCACCCCGACGUCGCUGAAUCGAACCUUUUUGAGCUCUUUUCCACCGUUGGUACUGUCACCUCUGUUCGUGUCUGCAAGGAUAGGGAUUCCGGGCGCUCGCUCGGCUACGGUUAUGUCAAUUAUAUGUUCGAGCAGGAUGCAAUAAAUGCUAUUGAGAAACUCAACCACAAUGAGUUGUUUGGGAAGCCAAUUAGGAUUAUGCAGGCAAACAGAAAUGCAGAUACUAGGAGCAGCGGGAUUGGAAAUGUAUUUGUGAAAAACCUAAGUGAAAGCGUUAACGAUUUGGAACUUGAAGCCAUGUUUGGGAAAUUCGGGACUAUCUUGUCCAGCAAAAUGGCUAUUCAAGAUGGAAAGAGCAAAGGAUAUGGCUUUGUACAGUUUGAUUCACAAGAUUCUGCUAAUGCUGCCAUAGAGAAUCUCCAUGGUACAUUUGUUGAUGGCAAGCAAAUCUAUGUCAGUAACUUCAUCAAAAAGAGUGAGCGAAUUCUGCCCAAUCCUGAAACCAUGUACAACAGCCUAUUCGUGAAAAACUUGGAUGAGGAUAUAACAGAAGAACUUAUUGAACUGAAAUUUUCUGAGUUUGGAGAAGUUGCUAAUGUGAAGCUUGCAAAGGAUGAAGCUGGAAACUCGAAAGGAUAUGGGUUUGUGAACUUUGAAAACCAGGAGAGUGCUGAAAAGGCAAUGGAGGCAAUGAAUGGACUUAAGCUGGGAUCAAAGACACUAUUUGUUGCAAGGGCCCAAAGGAAGGAAGAGCUACAACAAAAUUUGCAGCAUACGAGUGAACAUAUUAGAUUCAAUUGGGAUACAAAUCUAUAUGUUAAGAAUCUUGAUGAUAGUGUUGAUGACAGUGCUCUGUCGGAGUAUUUCAGUAAAUGUGGCACUGUUAUCUCAGCAAAAGUUAUGCGUGAUGAGAAAGGAUCCAGUAAAGGUUUUGGUUUUGUUUGUUAUACCACUUUAGGGGAAGCUACCAAAGCGUUGAAUAACCUUCAUGGAAACAUGUUCCAUGGGAAACCUCUAUAUGUUGCAUUUGCUCAAAGGAAUGAAGAAAGACAAGCACAAUUGCAGUAUCAUCAUUUCCAAAAAAUGGCUGGCUUGGUGGGCCCAGGCCCUGCCCUAAGCUCUAGUGGUUAUCCUCCACUUUACUAUAGGACUCCAGGAGUUGUGCCGCUAAUUCCUUCCCAACAUGGUCUUGUACAACAUCAACCUUUUUGGUUGAGACCAGGAUGGGGCCCCAGUGAAUUUGUUUCCCCAACUAGGCCAAUAUUUCAGCCGAUGCCACUGCCAGUUGUAAGGCCUUGUUGUUUGUUCUCUUUUAAUUGGUGA